AAGUUGUAGUUGACGAAUAUAUAUAACUUUCUAUUUUCAUCCAACACAUAUCCAUUGUAGCGGAAGCUUUCCGUAUCACCAGGAGCGCUUUGAUGAUAGUGUCCCGUGACGUCACGCCAUCCAGACAAUCUGACUCUUGAUUAUAAAUCCUAGAACGGCAUCUCAUAAUCACGACUUAGGAGACCAAAAAGUAACUAUCGGAAUCUGGCUAUUAAUAAUUGGGUGUGCCAGUUGUAUAAGAGGAACAGGACCACGAAGGCGCCAAGUGUCUUUUCAAAGUAUUGAGUAUAGAAGUUGAUAUACCAAACACCACGAUGACAGGUGAAACAGAUAGCACGAUCUAUAAACAUGCCGACAGCGACGGUCACUUUCGCCGUAAAGACUCCGUCUUCCGAUCCUGGGUGUCGCGUUCACCAGGUGCCGAAUUCCCAGCGGAAAAAGACCGCUACGUGCUUUACCUUAACUAUGGAUGCCCGUGGGCGCAUAGGACUAAUAUUGUCCGCUCCCUCAAGGGCCUGGAAGACAUCAUCCAGCUCGUCCUUUGCGAUUUUGAACUCGGUCCAGACGGCUGGAUCUUCUCCGGGCGGAACGGCUCUGCAGAGAAGGACCCGCUGUAUGGGUUUACGAAGAUGAACCAGCUGUAUUUCAAGGCAGAUCCGGGAUACUCGGGUCGGUACACGAUCCCGGUAUUGUGGGAUAAGAAGCGGCAAACGAUCGUGAAUAACGAGAGCAGCGAGAUCAUUCGAAUGUUUUACACGGAGUUCGAUGAUUUACUCCCGGAGGAAAGGCGCGAAGUAGGCAAGGUUGGCGGCGGGCUGUACCCCGAGCAUCUGAGAAAGGAGAUUGAUGCAAUGAAUGAGUGGGUGUAUGAUCGCAUAAAUAACGGGGUGUAUAAGACUGGCUUUGCGGCGACGCAGGAAGCAUACGAGUCGAACUUAAGCCCGCUGUUUGAGGCAUUGGAUCGUGUGGAGGAGCAUCUAGCGCAGCCAGGACACCAGCCGUAUCUCUUUGGGGAACAUAUCACCGAAGCAGAUGUCAGGCUGUAUACAACAAUUGCGCGGUUCGACGUGGCGUAUUAUCUGAUCUUCAAAUGCAACUUGAAGAUGAUCCGGUAUGAUUAUCCGCUUAUUGAUCGGUGGUAUCGAAGGCUGUACUAUGAUGAAUCGGAGAAGACGAACGGGGGAGCGUUCAAGAAGACGACGUUCUUCGACCUUUACAAAUUCGGUUAUUUGAUAUCACUUGGGAAGAAGCAAGGCAUCGAAAGUUCCCAGCUCGUUAUUCCAGCGGGACCGAAGCCGGAUAUUCUGCCUCAGGAGAAGUAG